AUGUGGGCAUGCAAGAAGCUGAACUUUGAUCUAGCAUAUGCGGGGAAAGUCCGGAAGUUGCAACGAAACCAGUUGGUUGAAUGGCGAAGGGAUGCUUACAAAAAUGCCAAGAUCUAUAAGGAGAGAACCAAGAAGUAUCAUGACGACUGCAUAAACAAUCGGACAUUCGUCGAAGGUCAACAGGUAUUAUUGUUUAACGCAAGUUUGCGAUUGUUUCCAAGGAAGUUGAAGUCUCGCUGGUCUGGGCCAUUCCGCAUCAAGACUAUAUUUCUCCACGGCGCAGUGGAACUGACAACUGAAGACGGGAACAACGCAUUUAAAGUCAAUGGUCAACGAAUUAAGCCUUACUAUGGGGGCGAUGUGGAUCGAUGCAUGGAGACCAUUGACUUGGGCAAGCACGAUUAA